AUGGAGAAUGCAAAUGAGGCAAGCGGGUAUACGAUGGAUCCAUCAAAUGGCGACGAUCGAGGACGGCCUUUGCAUCGAGGUCAGAUGCGCAAGGCUUGUGACUCUUGCAGAAAGUCGAAAAUAAGAUGUGAGAAGCCGGAGAACUUUCCGUCUUGUCUCGCUUGCUAUCACAAGGGGGUGGCAUGUAUCAUCACGAAUAGUAGUUAUUUACAAAAACCAAAGACACUACGCAAAAGUUCCUCGCUUAUCGGACCUCUUGAUUCUUUCAAUGAAACCGGAAACAGCCUUUCUGACAUUGUCAGUUUUAAACAAUGGUCGGCUCGAUUUCUUCAUGAUUUCAUUUACACAUACAACCCCAGUGUUGACAUUCAUAAAUUACCCACCCCAUGGAAGAUGCUGAUACAAAGUCAAUACGGUGAUAGUUGGAAGAUGAUCCAAGAUUGGAUGCGUGAAGCAAAGCAUAUGGAAUUCGUGACACCAAUCUGUUCUAUCGGACAGCAACAAAUAUACAUCUCUCUACCAUCAGAAGAUGAGGUAUUGCAAGUCCUAGACGCCUUUUCGCAUUAUACUGCGAGCGUAUUGCCGCUUUUCCAAGAGGAACGGAUUAUCUGGAUCAAUACAAGGAAGUAUGCAGAUUGCAGGUUGAUUCACGACAUCCCAUGCUGGGCAUCGCUCAAUAUAGCUCUAGCAAUCGGCUACAAGUAUAGUUUCAUUCAACAUCCAGAGUUUCCAGACAGAGAUUUGAAGUCCAAAGCACAUCUCAAAAACGUUCUAGCGACCGUGCCACAACUUCUGCUAGUUCACCCACCUACACUGGCAACUAUUCAGGUUCUUUUUGGCAUUGUUUUUCUAGUUCAGAAUGGCCUGGAAAUCACCACUCAUCAAAGUUUGACCUCGGUGGCAAUUAGACUGUCACAAAAUUUAGGUCUUCAUCGGCCCGAAGUAGGGCGUGACAGUAUGCCAAAAGGAGAAUAUGAGCAGCGCGUUCGCAUCUUUUGGAUUGGUUAUGUGAUGGACAAAAGUACUUGUUUCACACAGGGCCUCAUGGGGUGCGAGGAUGACGAUGACAUAGAUAUCGAGUUACUCAAUGACACGUCUCUCGAUAAAAUAGGCCUAUGCGAAUUUCCAAAUGGCAAAUCAAUUUCUCUAUUCCGAUCAUUCUGUGAGUUGGCGGUUCUCCGUCAUAAAAUCUACAAAGCGCUCUACUCCACGAGGUCCGCCCACAUCGAUAAUACUCACUACAAAUAUAUAGUAAAGGAGCUGAGUGAACAGUUAAAUGCCUGGAAGGAAUCUAUACCCUUUAAUUUUGAAGUUCAUCCAGGCACUGCCAGGGACCAAUGUGGGGAUAGUCUGAUCCUAUCGAGACUCCUGGUCGUUUACCACAAUAGUAUUAUUUUACUCUAUCAGUGGUCGCUUUUUUAUAGGGAAGCCCCUCAUCGCAGAGAAGCAGAUCACUUGUCACAAACUUCGCGAGAAACCUGGACCUCGUUAUGUGUUUCCUCCGCUCGCCAAACUGCAACAAUUCUAAGCGAUGAUAAUCCUCGAAAUACAAUUGGCAUCAGGAAUAUGAUACAUUAUGCAUUGACCUCUUUUAUGAUAAUUUUCAUGCAUGUGCUCGAGGAUCCUGGCAAAUCGACGGUGCCUGGAGACCUUCAAAAUCUACAAAUCAUACAGAAGUAUUUAUCAGAUAUAAUUGAGCAGAACCCCUCAUCCGUGUCAUCGAAUUUCCAGGCACAUAUUUUGCAUCUUGUUCAAAUUUGCUCAAGGUGUGAGCGUUUGGCAAGGAGGUCAACUGGACAGUCUGACCUACCUUCUCAGCAAAUUUAA